CGACUGCAGAGCAACUGUGCUCUCCCUCUGUCAAGGCAUAGCCGAUCAACCUCUCUACCUCGCUAACGAUUACAACGACUCUCUGUAUGGCACUACAGGCAGACGAACGUAGUUUGUCUGAGAAGACCUUAGUCUCUGUCUCGGAUUCAGAUUCGGUGAAACACGCGACAUUCAUCGAGAACCACAGAGCCUCUCAUGAAUCGCUAGGUGCCCAAGUGUUUACCUCUGAUAUCAAAACACAGGGUGAAUCAACCAUUGCAUGCCAAAGGCCGGAGGAUGGGUGUAAGCUCACUACAUCGAGACUUUUCUUUGCGCACGCUGGCGCCGCGAUGGCACUAUUUCUGGCAACCACAGACGCGACCAUCGUGUCCACCAUUCUGCCUACCAUUACCACCCAACUAAGCGCCUCGUCGUCGCAAUACACUUGGGUCACCGUCACCUAUAUGCUCACGCAGACCGCAUUCCAACCACUGUACGGAAAAGUUUCGGACCUUGUCGGUCGUAUGACGGUGCUUUACAGCAGCAUCAUCAUUUUCGCUGUAGGGAAUGCAUUGUGUGCUGCCGCCCAAAAUAUCCAAUGGCUGAUUAUAGCCCGAGCUGUAGCUGGCGUUGGUGGGGGCGGUAUUGUGAGCCUUGUCUGGAUAAUUACCGCCGAAAUCGUCGAAGCCGAAAGCCAAGCCAAAUGGUCGCAGGCGCUCAGUGUCACCUGGGCCUGCUCGGCCAUCGCUGGCCCAGUCCUGGGGGGUAUCUUCAGCGAGGACUCUGGUAUCCUGAGUUGGCGGUGGGCAUUCUUGCUUAAUCUCCCCAUCUGCGCCCGGCAUAACCUCGGGCGAUCGACCGAUGUGACUUGGGGGCUGUUAUGGAAGACGUUCGAUUUUCUUGGCUUGUUUCUCUUCAUGGCUGCGAGUAGCUGUAUCGUGAUUGGUCUGAAUAUAUCCGCAUCUGCAGGGUGGGCAUCGCCGUCCACUAUUUGUCUAAUAGUCGUGGGGCUUGUGAUAUUGGUCUGUGGCGGGAUGUACGAAGUUCGAACUAGACGAGAUGCUCUAUUUCCCUCGGCCGUAUUUACGGAUCUGACAAUCGUAUCGACACUGGUCGUAGUCUUUUUACAUAAUUUCGCAUUUAAUGCGGGCACGUUCUACUUGGCACUUUUCUUCCAGGCGGUUGAUGGUCUGUCACCCCUUCAAGCCGGUAUCAAGAUGCUUCCUUAUUCCCUCGGCUCCUCGUUGGCCUCUAUGCCAGCCGCAUGGUUCAUUGGAUACUGGCAGAAACGACGCCAAGACCUCAUCGCUCAGAAACUGGUAAUCUCCGCUGGCCUCGCGAUAGCCACAAUAGGCUUCGGCCUCAUGAUACAACUGACCGAACAUACUGGCGUGGUCACGCGGGCCGUGUAUGUCAUGACGGCCGGUAUAGGCAUUGGCUUUUUAUUCCACGCCCCAUACCAAGUCUUCAUCCGGGCAUUGCGGCGAACGGACACUGCGUCUGGCACCAGUGCAUUCUUCUUGGUGCGUUUCACAGGCGCAACCGUAGGAUUGACACUGGCCGGCGCUAUUUUCGACAGUCGAUUGGCCGAGACCCUCCCCCCUGGCCUCCAUGCUUCCACGAUUUUGCGGCUGGUUCGCUCGUUGCAACUCACGAGUCUGAAGUCGCAAGUAGUCCAUUCGCUUUCUCUGUCAAUACAGGCAAUAUGGGUGGUUUGCUGUCCUUGCCUAGGUGUUGCUUUGCUAGUAUGUGCCCCCCUGCCCUCCUGCCUCAACUCUCACUGUUCUGGACAGUUAUCGUUAUGUCUUCGCAAUCCGCCGUCUGUCGCUUCAGAGGAGAGUCGCCAGGGGCCACAAGGUGGUACUGCAGACACGGACAAAACAGACUUGGACUUGGAGCGCAGCGAGAUGGUUGUUUGAUCUGUAAAUCUUUUUCAUCCCUCGGACACCAUUCAAAACGUUGUUGGACCGUUUUUGCCGUAGCGGUAGCUGAUACGUGUUCAAGUUGUAGUUUAUGGGAUAAUGAUAUGACAGCUUGUCAA